AUAAAAAUAAAUAAAUAAUAAAAGCAAAAGUAAACAAUCCCGCCCAGCUGAUCCACGCAGCGCCACGAGGACACGACUGCUAGACACAACAGCGUAGAACUGCUUUAUGAGUCCCGUCAGAACCAUGAAGGGACCAAACAUCCUCAUAACGGGAACACCGGGAGUUGGGAAAUCCACACUGGCACAGCAGCUUAGUGAACACUCUGGUUUAGAGUGGAUUAAUGUUGGAGAUCUAGCAAAGGAUAAUAAUUAUUUUGAUGGCUAUGAUGAUGAAAGAGAUUGCCCCGUGUUGGAUGAGGAUAAGGUUUUGGAUGAACUAGAAGAUAAGAUUGCUGAAGGUGGCAACAUCAUUGACUAUCACGGAUGUGACUUCUUCCCAGAACGAUUUUUCGACAUAGUGUUUGUGCUGAGGACGAAUAACACCCUCUUAUAUGACAGACUUGCUGCCAGAGGCUACCAGGGUAAAAAACUUGAAGACAAUGUGGAAUGUGAAAUAAUGGCUGUUCUGAGGGAUGAAGCAAAGGAAAGUUAUGAGGAGCAAAUUGUUCAUGAAUUAGAAUCAAAUACCUUUGAAGAUAUGGAGAAUAAUCUACAAAGAAUUCUGGCAUGGAUAACUGCAUGGAAGAGAGAGAAUGGUUGCUGAAAAUAUUGAUGAAAAUAUAUGUAUUUAAGUAAA